UCAGCGGCUCUGCGUUAACUCCACCCCCGACAGAAGUUUGCAGCCCCGGAUAAACUUCCAGUUCCCCUCUCUACCGACGAGUCCUCUUUUCCAGCUUACCAUCCCACGUAGAGGCCCCAUUUUCCAGAAUGGAGUGCCGGUUGGGUUUAGCGAUUUUAGUCGUUUGCCUCAUCUCUUAUGGCCUUUCAGAUGUGCAGCUCAGUAGUAAUGUUAUUCUGGAGCCGUAUGAUCUGCUGUUCGACACAGCGGUAGAAGCAUACUAUAAGGGUGACUGGAUGACGGUCAUCCUGAACAUGGAGCGGGCGCUUCGGAACAAGGCUGCGAUACGCAGGGUGAAGGCGCAUUGCCGGAUAAUUUGUGCAAACCAGAGCGCUUUCGGAGAGCCUUUAUCCAGCAUAGUUGUGACAAUACCAGGCGCUGGCUCUGUGGAAGAUCUUGGUUUUUUUCAAAAAAUUAUGAAAAGGGCUGAUUGUGUAAAUACCUGUGAAAGUGAUAAAAUUGGACCACCAACUAUCCAUAAAAUCACUGAAGAUGUGGACCUCGAGUUUAAGAAGAGAACCCCUUACAAUUAUCUGCAAGUCGCAUACUUCAAGAUCAAUAAGCUGGAUAAGGCUGUGGCAGCGGCCAACACAUUUUUCCUGGCCAACCCAGACCACAUGGAGAUGAGGCAGAACCUGGACUACUACAGGAUGAUGUCCGGAGUACAGGAGGAAGACUUUAAAGACCUGGAGGCCUGGCCUCACAUGGCAGAGUUCCUUGCAGGGAAGCGGUACUACAGCUCAGACUCGUUCGGUCUGGCCAUCGACCACUUUGAGGCAGCGGUGGAAGAGUACUUCAGCGCAGAUCAGGAGUGCCGGGCGCUCUGCGAAGGAGCUUACGACUACGAUGGAUACAACUACAUGGAGUACAGUGCUGACCUCUUCCAGUCCAUGACAGACCACUACAUGCAGAUUCUGAACUGUAAGCAGAGCUGUUCUGUGGAGCUAGCCUCCACCGCAGGAAAGGACAAGCCAUUUGAGGAUUUCCUCCCUUCCCACUUCAACUACCUACAGUUCUCCUACUACAACAGUGAAAAGUAUGAGCAGGCCAUAGAGUGUACUAAGACCUACCUGCUGUUCCACCCAGAAGAGGAGGUAAUGAAUCAGAACCUGGCCUACUACUCCACUGUGCUGGGAGAGGACAAGGCUGCAGCCAUACCUGCUAGACAGGUGGUAAAACAGCACAUUCAGCAGUCCCUGUUGGAGAAGGAGCUGCUUUACUUUGCUUUUGAAGUGUUUGGAAUCACCUUUGUUGAUCCAGAUUCCUGGACCCCUGCAGACAUUAUGCCCCUCAAACUGAGAGAGAAGCAGAAGGCAGACAGGGAGACUGCAGCAAGGAUCACUGAGGAGAUUGGGAAUCUGAUGAAGGAGAUUGAAACUAUGGUGGAGGAGAAGAAUAAGGAGUCGACUGAUAUUGCCAAGAUCGUACGAGAAGGUGGUCCUCUGUUGUUUGAUGACAUCAAGAUUACCAUGUCGUCUAAGCAGCUGAAUGGGUCUCAGAGGGUUCUACUGGAUGGAUUUAUCUCGGAGGGCGAGUGCAGAGAGCUCACCCGCCUCUCUAAUGCGGCUGCGCUGAAAGGUGAUGGGUACCGAGGCCUUCCCUCCCCACACUCCCCCAGCGAGAGCUUCCAAGGAAUCACAGUCCUCAAGGCUAUUAAGUUUGGACAGGAGGGAACUGUGCCCCUGAAGAGUGCCCGUCUGUUUUUCGACAUGAGUGAGAAGGUACGUAGGGUCCUGGAGUCGUACUUCCGUCUGGACUCUCCUCUCUACUUCUCCUACUCCCACCUGGUCUGCCGCUCCGCCAUUGACGAGAAGCAGGAUGACCGUGACGACCUGAGUCACCCAGUUCAUGCAGACAACUGCCUUCUGGUCUCUGAGCUCAACAAGUGCAUCAAAGAACCACCCGCAUACACACACAGAGACUACAGCGCCAUCCUCUAUCUAAAUGAUGACUUUGAAGGAGGAGAUUUCAUUUUCACUGAACUGGAUGCCAAAACUGUCACAGCGGAGGUGCGUCCUCAGUGUGGUCGUGUGGUUGGUUUUGGGGCUGGGGAGGAGAAUCCUCACGGCGUGAGAGCGGUCACUAAGGGACAGAGGUGUGCUGUGGCCCUGUGGUUCACCCUUGACCCCAAACACGAGGAGAAGGAGCGGAUCCAAGCUCAAGAGAUGCUGAAGAUGUUCUCCACUCCUACGGACGCAGAGUUCACAGAGACAAAGACAGAGAGCUCAGAGCCACAGCUCACACUUCCUGACCAGACUGUGCUUCUUGGUCAAGCUGCACCCCCAGUACAGGUGCAGGCAGACAAACCAGAUGACAAACCAGAUGACAAACCAGCAGAGAAGAAGCCUGAGGAACCAGCAGAGAAGAAGCCUGAGGAACCAGCAGAGAAGAAGCCUGAGGAACCAGCAGAGAAGAAGCCUGAGGAACCAGCCGAAACAGUCAUUGAAAACCCAGCUGAUAACCCAGAAGAUAAAAAAAAGGAUGAGAAGCCGACAGAGAAUCGGGCAGAAAAACAAAUUGCUAAAGAGGGUGAAAAACCUAUGUUGAAAGAGGCGGUCAAAACUAAAGCCAAAGCAGCCGACGCAUCAAAGGCCAAAGCGACGACUAAAACAGCGGCUAAAGCAGGGGACAAAGCCAAGGCUAAACCAGCAGCAAAAACAAACGUCAAACAUGCAGCAAGCAAAAUUAAACCUAAAGCGACAGACAAAAAAGAGCAGAAGCCAGCUACAAAGAAAGCAGAGAAAGCCCCUGUCAAAAAGGUUUCCAAGGACUCUAAAACUGACCCCAAAUCAGCCUCGGACUCACAGACAGACAAGGUUGAGCUAUGAGACCAACAGCACCUGUGACUCUUACUCUGUGGUGUCUCUAUUUUUCUACCGUUUGAAUAUAUUUGCUAAGGUUUUCUCUGUGGGUGUGCUGGAUAAAGAUAUGUAGUUGUUGAUGGAUAUUGUUUUGGAUGUUGUUUGUCUGCCCAGUGGCGGUGAAAAAUGAACCAGGAUAAGGUGUUGUAAUGUAAGCCAUACCAUAAUACCAAGGGACUGCACAAACUCACUCUGAUGGCUGAUAUCAACUAACCAAUCAAUCAAAUCAAUGAAUCAACCAAUCAAAUUGGAUUUGUAUAGUGCAUUUCACAAAUGCAUUUGUCACAAAGUGCUAAAUAGUAACCACCUUUAAAUUCAUAUCCCAGACUCAUGUGAACAUACUGUGUUGUUUUUAUAGUGUUACUUUUGUGUAAGAUUUGGAAUUCUCUGUGCUAUUUUGUACUGAUUUUAAAUAAACUGUUCUUUGCCUCAGGAA